UGCCCGAGCCGCGCCGAGCCUCCGGACAAUGGGGCCCCGGCGGCUGCUGCUGGUCGCCGCGGGACUCAGUCUGUGCGGCCCCCUGCUCUCGGCCCGCGCCCGAGGCCGCAAGCCCGAGUCAAAAGCAACCAAUGCUACUGUGGAUCCCCGGUCAUUUUUUCUCAAGAAUACCAAUGAUAUAUUUGAACCAUUCCCACUGGAGGACAAUGAGGAGAGAAACGGGAGUGAGUUCCCUGAAGACAGACUAAGCUCCAUCAAUAUAAGCCAUCCUCUUCAAAAACGGCCCCCUGGGUCUAUCACGGAAGAUGCCUCAGGAUAUCUGACCAGUGCCUGGCUGAUGCUUUUUGUCCCCUCUGUCUACACUGGCGUGUUUGUAGUAAGCCUUCCUCUGAAUGUCAUGGCCAUCCUUGUGUUCAUCUUGAAGAUGAAGAUCAAGAAGCCCGCUGUGGUGUACAUGCUGCAUCUGGCCACGGCAGAUGUGCUCUUCGUGUCGGUGCUCCCGUUCAAGAUCAGCUAUUACUUUUCCGGCAGUGAUUGGAAAUUUGGUUCUGAAAUGUGUCGCUUUGUCACCGCGGCCUUUUACUGUAACAUGUACGCCUCCAUCAUGCUCAUGACAGUCAUAAGCAUUGACCGGUUUUUGGCCGUGGUAUACCCCAUCCAGUCCCUCUCCUGGCGUACUCUGGGGAGGGCUUCCUUCACUUGUCUGGCCAUCUGGGCUAUGGCCAUCGCGGGGGUGGUGCCUCUCCUCCUCAAGGAGCAAACCACCCAGGUGUCGCGGCUCAACAUCACCACCUGCCAUGAUGUGCUCAAUGAAACCCUGCUCGAAGGCUAUUAUGCCUAUUACUUCUCAGCCUUCUCUGCUGUCUUCUUCUUUGUGCCCCUGAUCGUUUCCACCAUCUGUUAUGUGUCUAUCAUUCGAUGCCUUAGCUCCUCCGCAGUAGCCAACCGGAGCAAGAAGUCCCGGGCUUUGUUCUUGUCGCUUGCUGUUUUCUGCAUCUUCAUCAUCUGCUUUGGGCCCACAAAUGUCCUCCUGAUUCUGCAUUACUCAUUCCUUUCUCAAGAGUCCAUGACAGAGGCUGCCUACUUUGCCUACCUCCUCUGUGUCUGUGUCAGCAGCAUAAGCUGUUGCAUUGAUCCCUUGAUUUACUAUUAUGCUUCUUCUGAGUGCCAGAGGUACCUCUACAGCAUCUUAUGCUGCAAAGAAAGUUCUGAUCCCAGCAGCUACAACAGCAGCGGUCAUUUGAUGGCAAGUAAAAUGGAUACCUGCUCUAGUAACCUGAAUAACAGCAUAUACAAAAAGCUCUUAACUUAGGAAACGGGACUGCUGGUGAGAUAAAAGGAAGAGGUUAAAAAAGUGAAUAGCCUGAGGAUUCUAUUAGUCCCUGCCAAAAAGGUAUUUACGAUCAAAAACAAGUCUAUGAUUUGCAUGUCUCUUUCUUACGAGAGCCAUUGAUCAUAUCUAUUUGUUAGUUACAGGAAAAGAUAACAAGAAUAGAAAACAGUAUCAUUCCAAGAGAGUAUCGCCAAUGCUACAAUAAUAACUGAAUGUCAUUUUUUGAUACUUAGGUGACUUACUGUAUCUAUGUGUGUGUGUGUGUGUGUGUAGGUGUGUAUACACAUACUUGUAUCAUUUGCAGUGCAGUAUAGAAUAGGCACUUUGGAACCCUCCCUUUUUUUCCACCAGAGAUUAAGGAAAGAAACGUUUAGGUUGGUGGAGUUUAGCCCUGAACAUCUGAAGAUGUUCAUCAUUUGGGAGGGAUUCUGUGGUUUGGACUUAUAUAGCUUUUGCAAAUAAGUGUAUUUUGAAAUUGUUCAACAGCAAUGUUUAAGUUAUUAAGGGAUAAGACUUAGUACUAUCUGUGUGUAGAAGAAGUUCUACUGUUUUUCAUUUUAAACAUAUCAAGGUUUGAAUUCUUUAAAUUAUGAAAACAGAUGAUAUGGGUAGCAUUUUUGAUGUUUUACACUCUGUGUCUGUAAACCAAGAAUGAGCGUAGGUCCCACUAAUGACCUUAGGUUGGCUUUCAAAGUAACCUGCCCUCGAUGGAGGACUCCAAACAAUAGAUACAAAACAGGGCCGUUUCAGACAUGGACUGGCCAGAAACCCUCCAGCUGAGCCUCCCGGAGGUCAGGACUGGGACCACCACAGUUGCUCUCUCCUCCUGAGGUUCCCUCAAGGGGUGGGCGUGAACUACCUUGUUUAUUAGAAAUUGGCAAAGUAGGUUGUGCUAUCCCAGGAGAUAUAAAAGACUUCUCUGCCCAUUUUAAACACAGAGAAAGAAGGCCCACUCACUUCCAACAAUUAUCCCCCAAGGAGCAUUCUGGAAUGGGAACACUCACGGAGCAAACAUGAACACACAUUUUGUGCUCUGGUCACAAGAAUGGGUGCUGGGCAUACAGAGUUGACUAAGACUGAAACCUGCCUUCAAGGAAAACAAAGUAGACCAAUACAGAGUGUGGCAUGUGUAUAAUAAAUAAAUAUGCCCUUCUAUAAGAAGUUUUUUUAGCCAAAUGUCACUGUGCAAGUUUCAUACAAGCAAGGAUUGUCAGUAAAGAACAUAGAACGUUUGUGUUACUGCUUCCUCUGGUUAUAACUUGAGAUGAAAACAUAACACAAUACAGGAAGCAUAUUUUAAAAACAAGUCCUCCAGUCUGUAUUGAUUGGACAUGAUUUAUUUACAAAUGGUUUCAAUAAAUUAAAUCAUUUUUUUUAAAUCAGAUUUUUAAAAAAAGAAUCCAUUAUGCUGGUUUGAUGAGAAAUAACAGAAGAAAAUGAAACGGACUUUGAAAUCUAGGAAAAUGAUUCUGUAUUUUCCAUUCACUUUUUUAAAGAGUUAAUGAGAUGAUUUUAAAAGCAAUUUUUAACCCCCGGAUUAGUAUCAAGUACAGAAAAUCCUCAUGGAUUUCACAAAAUAAUUUGAAAACUAGGUUGAAAGGUAUAUUUUUUUCUUAUGAAGCAAUGUUGGCCUUUUACACAAACGAAAAAAGCGAAAAGUUGCAAGGCAAAUGCUUAACCUAUUUAAAAGAGCAAACUAUUUCCAAAUGCCAUAGAAUAAUGUACAUCAAAUAACAUAAUGUAAGUAUAAGCUAGCAUUGAUUUUAUUUUUUUUAGCAUUGAUUUUAUUAACUUAGUUACUGUGUUUUAUCCAACUCAGUGGAGAUUUACUUCUUUAUUCAAUCUGAAAUAUUAAAAUACCUCUGACUUAAUAUGA